AGUAUAAGAAACAAAAUGUAUGCUUUUAUUUGUUGCUUUUUUUCGACCUAAGCCAACGAAUUUAGAGAUAUUGGUGUUCGCCUAUUCAAGUAGAUAAGAGUUGGUCUUGUAUGACUGACAUAUAUGUCAGGAGGCGUUGCAAAUGUGGCUGCCGAGUGUGAUGACUUUUCGUAAAGGGACUUUGACCUGGUUCACUUUUGAUAACAACGGAGCUGAACAGCGCAUGUCUAUGUCCAGCGAAGAAGCUCUAUAAACUUCUGACCAGGAAAAGCCCGAACUCGAUUGUGACUACUUUAAUUUAUUCAAAAACCAAGUGAAAGUAAAAAAAACGUUCAGAUUUUAGUCAACCAAAAUCCCAUGUCGAAGUGCAGUUGUCACAUUUUCAACUGACAAUGAAGGCUGUUAUUUUAGCUGCAGGUUAUGGAACAAGACUGCUAAGAGAUAUCGAGAAUGACCUGACUGGGAAUUUCAAACAUUUGAGAGGCAUCGCCAAGCCGCUGCUUCCUGUUGGCCCAUGUGCUCUCAUCUCACUCUGGGUUCAGGCACUGACCAAAACCGGAUGUGUGGACGCAAUAUAUGUGGUUACAAAUGAUCUUUACCAUGAAGCAUUCCUCCAGUGGGCACAAGAAUUCCCCAAUGUUAAAAUCAUAAAUGAUGGCACAACAAAAAAUGAGAACAGACAUGGGGCUGUUGCCUGUCUCCAGCUGACGGUCAAGCUCUGCGAUGUGGAUGAUCACUUGCUUGUUAUUGGAGGAGAUACUUUAUUCAAAGAGGAUUUCAGCCUUGGGAAAUUCACAGAGAGGUUCCUUGAAGUGCAAAAUAAAGACAAAGAGAGCAAUUUAGUGCUGUCAUACCAAUGCAAAGAUGAGGAAACAUCCAAGUAUGGGAUUCUGGAAUUGGAUGAAGACCUUAAAGUGCAAUGCAUGAAGGAAAAGCCUCUUCCAAAUGAAACAAGUUCGCGCAAUGCAUGCCCUUGCUUCUACUUGCUUUCAAAGACCUCACUUCCUCUUUUAGACACCUUUCUCAUUGAGAAAAAGAAUGCACCCAUUGAAGAACGGGAUGCACCAGGAAACUUCCUAUCAUGGCUUAUAUUAAGGAGGCCUGUGUACAUUCAAAGGAUAUUUGGUCGAUUCGAUGUGGGGAAUCUUGCAUCAUACAUUGAAUGUGACAAAUAUUUCAAGGACCGGCUUAAAAACCCAACAGUUUAUUUGAUGUAGUCCAGA